AUGGGCAAACUGAUCAAGAACCACUGGGCCCGCCUCAUCGUCCUCACCGCCGCCACAUACCAAGUCCUAGCCAGCCUCGAAGGCUUCUUCUGGCCCAAGAUCUUCUGGGACUUCCUCACCAAGAAUCUCGACGGAGCAGUCAAACCUUUUCCCAUAUUGCAAAUCAUCAAUCUGAUUCUGGCAUUCAUAAGCCUCGCGUGGGAAUGGCCACUCGCUCCGGUGGUCAAGCUGUUGCCGGGUCUCCAUCGGAGCAUGGAAGCAAGAUUGGUGGUGUAUCCGUUGUCCGCUCUGGCUGCGGUCAUCAUGUAUCAAUCAACCAAUGCAGGAUUAUACUACAUCAUUGGCGUGGUUGUAUACUUCUGGGCCUACUCAGAAGGCGAGAACCUUGGACUGUGCCAAGGAGAGGCGGUGCCAGGCUCGGCAAAGUAUGAGGAUAUAAACGGCUGUGCUGUUGUUUAA